AUGCCAGUCGAAACUCCAACGAAAGGAUUAACUUCAAAAAUCUCAAACUUGACCACCAGCAGCAACAGCAGAAACGUCACUGAUCAAUUGGCAGCAGCAGCCAAGCAGAAAGAUGAAGCUCAAACCGUUUACGAGCUGAAGAAAAACGUGUUGCAACGUGAGCCAAAGCCAGCUGGCGGAAAAGCAGAAAAAGAUGCCACUGCCACUACCACUACUACCACCACCACCACCACCAAAAAAGAAGAAGACAAAGAAAGUACAUCGGCAUUGGAACGUAAAAAGUUUUUGCACGAGCACCGGGCACAUAGAAUCCACGUGAAGGAGUGCGAAAAGAACGAGCCUCUUCUCAAGGAAAACAAGAGACGUUUUGUGAUGUUCCCUAUCCGGUACCACGAAAUUUGGCAAUUUUACAAAAAGGCAGAAGCGUCAUUUUGGACUGCUGAAGAAAUUGACUUGAGCAAAGAUUUAUCCGACUGGAAAAACCGUCUUAAUGACGAUGAACGUUUUUUCAUUUCAAGAAUAUUGGCCUUUUUCGCUGCUUCCGACGGUAUAGUUAACGAGAACUUGGUUGAGAAUUUCAGCGCCGAGGUGCAAAUCCCAGAAGCCAAGAGCUUUUACGGGUUCCAGAUUAUGAUGGAGAAUAUCCACUCGGAAACUUACUCGUUGCUCAUUGACACCUACAUCAAAGACCCCAAGGAAGCCGACUAUUUGUUCAAUGCAAUUUCAAACAUCCCACCUAUCCAGAAGAAGGCCCAGUGGGCAUUGGAUUGGAUUGCCAAUGACGACGCGCUUUACGCUGAACGGUUGGUUGCCUUUGCCGCAGUUGAAGGUGUCUUUUUCUCAGGAUCGUUUGCCAGUAUCUUUUGGUUGAAAAAGAGGGGCUUGAUGCCCGGCUUGACUUUUAGUAACGAGUUGAUUUGCAGAGACGAAGGAUUACAUACCGAUUUCGCUUGCUUGUUAUUCAGCCAUUUGGAAAACAGACCCGACCCAAAGAUUGUCGAGAGAAUCAUUACCGAUGCCGUUAACAUUGAAAAGGAGUUCUUUACUGAUGCUUUGCCCGUUUCACUCUUGGGCAUGAAUGUCAAAUUGAUGUGCCAGUAUGUCGAGUUUGUCGCUGAUAGAUUAUUGGUGGCCUUGGGCAAUGAAAAAGUCUACAAAGUGACGAAUCCAUUUGACUUUAUGGAAAACAUCUCCUUGGCUGGUAAAACCAACUUUUUCGAAAAAAGAGUUUCCGACUACCAAAAAGCGGGCGUUAUGGCCAAGACUGAGAAUAAAGAUGCCAAUGCCUUUGCAUUUGAUGAAGAUUUUUAA